AAACGGCCGGUUCAGCGGGGCAAACCGCCUUACUCCUAUAUCGCCCUCAUCGCCAUGGCCAUCGCCAACGCCGCCGAGAGGAAGCUCACUUUGGGGGGCAUCUAUAAGUUCAUCACCGAGCGCUUCCCUUUUUACCGGGAGAACCCCAAGAAGUGGCAGAACAGCAUUCGCCACAACCUCACCCUCAACGAUUGCUUCGUCAAGAUCCCCCGUGAGCCCGGCCACCCCGGGAAAGGCAACUACUGGACGCUGGAUCCUGCAGCCGAGGACAUGUUCGACAACGGCAGCUUCCUGCGCCGGAGGAAACGCUUCAAGCGCACCGACAUCACCACCUACCCAGGCUAUAUGCAGAACUCCAGCGCCUUCACCCCACCACCCGCCGUCCGCCCGAUGGCCCCCGCCGCCCCCUACCCAAAUGCCCUCUGCUCGCCCACCUACAGCCCGCAGCUCUCGGGCACCGUCUUCCAUCCCUACGCAACCGGGGUGGCACCGCCGGCGCAGCACUCGCGGAUGUUCAGCAUUGACAGCCUGAUCAGCGGGCAGCAGGCCCUGCAGCCCUCGCCACCUGCUGAGCUGGCCCACCCCUCUCUGGGCUUAACUGGGACCGAACUAGCCCCCAGCUGCUCCGCCGGCACCUCAGAGCCUCCCUGCUUCCAGCCACAGCCCGUCAGUCCUGGUUUGCUGAGCCGAGCCGGCCCCAACGCUUUGGCGUACCCCUACGCUGCCUCGCCGCCCCAUCUACCCGUAGGGCAGGGCAGCUACUCACCCGGCAGCCCGCAGCUCUACGGGGCUCCCAGCAGACUGGCGUUGCCCACUGUGCGCCCCACUGCCUGCCCUGAGCACAACGAGCAGCUGCUGGGGCUCCCCGCAUCGCCCCUCGGCCAGUUCAGCUCCGGCAAUGCCUACGGCAGGCAGCCCAACUUCAGCACCGGCCUGGAGCGGUACAUGUGAUGGGACCAAGGAUGGAUGCGCCAAGGAGCCUGUGGAUGGAUGCUCUAAGGAUCCCGUGGAUGGAUGCGUGAACAUGUCCCCAUAGUGGGGAUUGAGUGGGUGGGAUGAGGUUCCUGCUCUUCUGCUGUGUGCAGACACAACACCGUGUGCAUGGUGAAGGGGACCAAAAUCUGACUCCUCUUUCCCAGCUGUGUUUAAUUGGAGAGGAGGUUCCUCCUGGAGGCAAUGCUCGCAUGGUGGAAUGGGCAGGAACCCCAAAAGCAAGGAAUGGUCCACAAAAGGGCUUUCUCCUCUUCCCUGGGUGCUCGUUCAUCACUGGAAUGAGUCACCAAAAAACCCCACUAAACCAAUUUUAAAAGAAUAUUUAAGGUGUUUAUCCUCUUAUUCCCCCAUAGGAAAACAAAACAAAACACCUUGACUACUUUUUUCUAUUUUGAAAAAUGACUUUCGCUGUUAGAAAAGACUUUUUUAAAAUAAAGCUUUUCUUUCCAACCUGUCCAGUGCUGCCAUUCCCCUGCUCCAACCGGGGGAAAUCCUCUGCUCACAUUAUUGUGCUGCUGUUGUGCCUCCACUGCAGGAUUUGUACUUUUAGUGAUGCUUUUUAAAGCUAUUUUACUAUGUUUUGGUUUUUUUUUUUAAUAAAAAUGAAUGGGAGCUAAGUGCUGCUGGGCUGUGGGAAGGGUGCAGUUGAGCUCUUCAUCACCAGGGAGCUGCAGGGUAUACCUUUCCAUUGGCACAGCAGGAAUCCCUUGCAGGUGAUAUCCCUAUUUAGCACCCCAAGUUAGGAGAUCAGAGCUUUCCUCUCUUGGCACAGCAUCAGUUAAAACCCAGUGCAUUCUCUGCCCAGCCUGGUGCUGUUUAUUUAUAGGACUGUCUGCAGUGCCCAGCCAGGCGGUGAGGCUUGUGCUGCCCACUGCUGGAUUGUGUGUCCCCGUGGUGGGAGCUCUCACUUGUGUCUCUUCAUUCCUUUAUCCCAUGCUUGCUGUAAGAACUGAAUGUUGGUGUGGAGGUUGGUGUGGAAGGGGAGAGAAGAAGCUGCUUUUCUCCAGGCUGGGGGCUACGGGCUGGCAGGGCACAAGGAGGUUCCCAGGGGAGAGCCAGGUGCCGUGCAAAGGGAAAAUGGUGGUGGGGUGGGCAGGUGGUGCUGCAAUUCUCCAGACGUCGUGCUUGGAAACCUGGUGCUGUGCUGAGCCUGCUCUUCCCCAAUCCCACUGGAGCCUUGCAUAGGUGGUAGCAAAAAGACGUGACCUGGGGAGAGUGGAUGACCCCCAACCUGGUGAGUGGUCCAGAUGCUGGGAGGCAGCAUCCAGAUGCUGAGAUACCCAGAUGUUGGUGUGCAGCAUCCAGCUGUGGGUCCCCCCAGCACCCCAGGCCCCCCUGCCAAGCAGCCCCAGCACCUCAGAAGCAGCACACAGCCGCCCUCGCUGCAGGCUGUUAGCCAAAGAGGCCGCAAAGUACAGGGACCAGACCCCCUUUUCUUCUUCUCCCUUCAGAUAUUAAUCCCCCCAUGCACAAGCCUCUGGCACUCGUACUGUGAUUGUCAUUACACUAAUGCCUUAAGAGUGUCUUCUUGGUUAACUUAAUGUAUCCCAACUAGGAUUUAAGCUUUCAUUUCAAAGCUUUGUUUACAGUUAGGGUGAAUCUAGCAAAUGAGUAGGAUUAAGGUGUCAUGUAAAGCAUGAGCUGUGCUGAGACAGAGUAGUUUUAAGCUUUGUAAAGUUUAUGCCUGUGCCCUUCGCCUGUUUUAGCGUCUUUUCAGUAUAUGUGUUUCGUGAAAAAGAGGGAUUUGAAUGAAACAGGAGUAAUUAUCACUCAGAUUUGGGCUGUGAAACCGAGUCUCCUUUGAAAUCCUCUGCUCUUUACUUAGCAACAUCCAGGGAGUUCAGGGAACAUUAAGUAAUGACAUGCAUAACCAUUCCCAUCCAACCCACACAAAGAGCCAGAGGCAAAACUUUCUUUGCUCUCUGCUAUUGUAGAAUAAGUGUGAUCCUUUGGGAUCAAGGGUGCCAAAGAAGUUGGUCUGGUGAUCGGGGCCAUCGCAGGUGGCUUCUCACAGAGUAGCCCUUAGAAAAUUGGGCUGGAUUCAAGUUUCUUAUGUUUGGAACCAGGAGUUGUUUUCCCUUCAGAAAUCCCAACAGCCCAGGGAGCACUUGGGUGCAAACAAACAGAGCAUUGGCUGGGAUUGUAAUGGGAGUACAUUUUGUGAAGGACUUGU